CACAAAGAAUAGCCAAAUAACCAAAGGCCAGGUCACUGCCCUCACCCAGGGAGGCGCUAGACCUCUAGUCUAAGCUGGCCUUGCACUGAGUCUGCAGAGAGGCCAAAAUGAGGCUGUGGCUGUUGAGUUUGGUGGCAGGAAUCACCCUGGGGGUGGCCGUGACCCCUCUGGGAAAAGUCUCCACAGGGACAGAACAAGCAGAGGAGGAAAAGGAGACUCAGGACAAGCCUAAGAGAACAAAGAGAGAGUUCUUUAUAAUUGGUGGUUACUCAGGAAUGACUGCGAUAACAGACAGAAAAGAUGAGGGCACUAUACGAAUGAACAUUUGUAAUGAUAGCUGCAAUGUAUAUAAGCUGCACCAUAUGGAAAGCUUUGAGAAAGAAAAAGAAGGAAAAGGACAAAGAGAGGUUGAUCUCUACCGAGAGUCCCUGGGUACCCUUAACUUUACAAGGACCAUCCUCCUCCAGCUGCUUAACCAGUCAAAGGCUCUGAAUGGGAGCUCAAAACUGGAUUUUGCCCAUUGGAAUCUAAAUGCCAGCAUCACCAGACAUCUCUGUGAGGACUGCUGUGAGGAAAAAGAGGAGCCAAGCCUAGGCAGCCAACCAAUGCAGGCACCAAUGAAUCCCAAAAGGAGACAACCUAACCGGUGGACGAUCCUUGGGAGCCUGAUUACCCAACUUGGAAACAGUUCCAUCAAUACGAUGAUAAUGACGUUUCAUAAUGACACUCAUAUCAACUAUGAUGCUAAGAAAGUCAUACAACAGGCUGAGAACUUCAGAAGAAGGUGGUGCUCUGCUUGCUGUGAAGAUGAUGAAAUCCUUGAGACCCUUGAGAGAAGUGAGGAAGAAGUCAGAGCAACACCUCCUGCCUGGAGAUGAGAUGAAAUCCCAGGUUAGAACCAAAGAUAUGAAGACGUAGCACAAUGGCCAACAGGAACAGAACACCACUACAAGAAAUGUUUUACUUAAACUGAAGCAACAUUCAUGGGAAAUAAAAGGCCCUGUGAUCCAUUCUCUCUGGGUGGCAGCAGGAACCAGUCAGUA